UUGACAGCUUCUCAGUGGCUGAGGCCUGAGAGAGAAAAGUUGAAAAUUAUGAAUUUAGAAUAUUUCUAAAACAAAGUGUUUCAAUGACCGCUGGAAAAGAAACAAUGGGGGAGCAGCCAAUCUUCACGUGCAAGGCGCAUGUGUUCCACAUAGACCCAAAGACCAAACGCUCUUGGAUGUCAGCAAGCUCCGCAGCUGUUUCGGUGUCAUUCUUCUAUGAUUCUUCUAGGAACUUGUAUAGGAUUAUCAGUGUAGAAGGAACAAAGGCAGUGAUCAACAGUACUAUUACAGCGAAUAUGACAUUCACCAAGACAUCACAGAAAUUCGGCCAAUGGAGUGACGUUCGCGCUAAUACUGUGUAUGGAUUGGGAUUUUCGUCUGAAGCGGAGUUGGGAAAGUUUAUUGAGAAAUUCCAAGAAGUGAAAGAAGCUAUUCAAGCGCAACAAUGCGGUGGUCCGCCUAAGACAACAAAUGGAUCAGGUGCGGCAACACCCGUAGCCUCGGCGACUGCCAGUCCUUUACUUGCCGCUAGAGCCCCUACUGAUGAACCCCCCGCUGUGUCACCGGCUCAGCCAAAACCAGAAAUUGAUGAAAUGAUGGUACACCAGCGGGCGCAUUCUGUAUCAUCUUCCAUUCAGGCCGGUGGUGGAUACGCGACGGUGGGACGUGCGGGUCGAGGUCCGUUGGCCUCUUCGGGCGCCGCCGCGGAGCCUGCGCCCCCCGACACUGCGGAGCAGCUUCGCUAUGAAAACGAUAAACUCCGACUUGCGCUUGCGCAGAGUUCCGGAAAUGCAAAGAAGUGGGAAAUUGAACUUGCAACCCUGAAAAGCAACAACUUGAGGCUGACUGCCGCGUUACAGGAGAGCACGGCGAAUGUUGACGAAUGGAAGCGGCAACUCCACCAAUAUAGGGAGGAAGUGGCUAGAGCGAGACAGUAUGCUGGAAAAGGGGGUGACACGAAUGAAGUCGAGCAGAUGCGACAGCGCGUCGCCCAGUUAGAAGCGGAGUUGGCACAGAAGAAUGAAGAAUUGGCACAAAUUAUGAAAUCUAAGAAAAGUGAACAGGAUGCAGAAGCGAAAAUGGCACACAGCCAACUGGAAUUGGCUCUGGCUGCACAGGACGGACAAAGGCAGGUCGUACAAGAGCUGAACAAUCGGCUUUCGCGCCAGAUUGAGGAAUUGUCUACGAUCCACCGCGAAAUAAACACGGCGCUACAAACAUGAGACGCUGGAUCGGCGGGCGGUGGCCCGCUGUACGCGGCCGUGCGCAAGCGCACUCUGCCAUUGUUGCUACGCGACCCCGAGCCAGCCUACGUGUCGCUGCCGCGGCACAACUGAACUGAACUAUCGGUAUUUCGCCUGCAGGACUUCUUUUAGCCUUUCAGUUCAAUUGUUUAUUGGAAUUUGAUUUUGUUAAGGUAUUCCUAUAUUUGUGUUUCUCGAGUAUCUUAAAAUCAGUUUUAUAUGUUGAGUAUUUUUAGAGUUAUGCAAGAAAACAGGUGAAAAAUCAUGAAUAAAAAUUUAAGGUUUCACCGUUCAUAUUAAUUAGCGGUUCUGUUAAAUACUGUAAUAAAAACUGAUCUUUAUUUCCAAUUUGGGUUAGAACGUUUCGUAAUUUUAUUCCAAAGAUUAUUUCUGAAAAUAAAUUAAUUUUCUUUUACGGUUUUACAAUGUUUCAUAUAAUAUAAGUGUAGUACACUCAUGCAUUCUUAGUAUCACCAUUGAUGAUGAAAAACAAAGAUCGAUGUAUUCUGCUAUUUGGCAGAUGUUUUGAUAAUAUUAGCGUUUGAUAUGAACAUUUUAAAUAUUUAUAAUUUUCUUCGAUAUUGUCAUGUGUGUUUUAAAUUAUUAAUUAUAUUUAAUAUUAAACUUAGUUCUUUGGUAGCUCGAAUGUUAUUCCAAACCUUUAAUGUUCCUGGUAAUUAUAGAAAUUUAAAUUCUUUUCUUGAAAUCAAUUAGUGAACUAGGUUUAUAUCAUCCCACCUAUGUUUGUAAAUAAUUAAUUGUAGAAUAAGUGUUUUUGAGUCCUGCAUAGCGGAAUAUCGAUUCUACAUUUUAUCUAGAAAACCCUUAGUAUGUACGGUCGGCAAAAAUUCUAACAAAUACUAACCACGGUACAAGCUAGGUUCUUGUAUAACAGUUUAAAAUCCAGUUUGAAUAUAUCUUUUAUGGUUAAAUCUUUUAGCAGGGACUUCUCAAUCUGUCAAAUCUUACUUCUAUAUAUUUAUUAUUUUCUAAAUAUUGUAAGUAGUCAAUAAAAGUGUAAGGUAUGUUUAGCGUGAACUUUAAACAACGUUAAGCACGCGUCAUAGAAACGCAAUAACAGAAGUAAAAGGCUGAUAUAUUCUUGCCUGUUUAGAAAAACAAACAAAUUAUGGCAAACGGCCCACUGAAAUAUUGACGCUGUUUUAAGAAAAAUCAUGAAGGUUUUUAAGAAAUUUUGCCGACCGUACUUUAAUUCUUAAUCCUGUAAUUGUCGUUAUAUUGCGAUUGAAUUAGUCCUUCUCCUUCAAUGUCAGUCCUACAAUCGUAUAGCAUAAGACAAUACGAUGAACUUAGUCUUUAACUAAUUUACUUAGGAUGUGAUACUUCGGUUUUCUUAAACGCAGAUGACACUGAUUAUUUAUUAGGGUAGUGUUCAUCGUGAAGUAAAGCGUUUACGAAAUUGUGCUCUAGUGUCAAUACCCACGUAGUUAAGUGUAUAUAAUCGUAGUUUGAACUAAAUGGGACUUUGCUAUUUACCUUUGAUCUGUUAAGCAUUUAUUUUUUCUCUUGAUAUUCUAUUGAUAUAUCUGUUGCUAUAGUGUGAGCGUUGAGUUGAGAUCUUUACUUAAAUUGCUAAUUCUAACGUCUGAUUGGGUAGGAUUACAAUGCUAUAAAUAAAUCGAAUAAAUUUCGACAUACUUUUGGUAAAAAUUGUGGCAAAAUAGAUAAGAAUUUUCGAGGUUCUUAGUAAGGAUCUCAAUUUAGCAUAAAUAAAUAAUCCUCGCAAUAUCGUUUUAGUAAAUUUAGAGACUUACGUAUGGGGUCUCUUCAAAAGUUAUGGUGUUCAUGAUAUGAUCUCGUGCCAUCAUUACACAUAAAUAUUUAGGGGCUAUUAAAAGUAUUAAUUCGUAAAACACACACAGCGCGUAUACCCACACGUAUACGCGUAGACGUGCACGUCUUAGCAUAAUACUGUAUAGUGUGGCAACUAUUAUUUUUCAGUAUUUAGAUGUUAUUUAAUAAAUAACACUUUUAUGUUUAGUUUAACAAUAAAACUGCUUUGUAAAUAUUAUGUAAUAAUUAUUAAUCUGUGCAAUUUGGUAUGAAUUUCCAAUAUUGUAUGAUUUUGUUGAGACCCCAGAUUACCAUUUCCUAGUCGUAAGUUAAAUGUCAUCUGUAUCCGUCUACCAGAGUAUUUAUUUCUUUUCAAGACCCUGUAUUGAAUAGAACCCUUAGCGAAUUAGAUAUACACACACAGACAGUGGAAUUUUAAAUCAACUUGGAGGUGGCAUAAACCAAUUUUUUUUAACACUAAACGUGGUUUCGUUCACCGCAGCCUGAAGAUAAGUAAUAUACGUUAGUAGUAGUUCAAUCAAAUAAAUUGGCCAAAUUUCUAUGAAAAUAGGGAAACAAUAUUUCUUGACCCAUAAGAUUUUGGUUUAUGUCACCUUUUGUCUGUGCAAUUAAAAACAAACGAUAUCACUGAAAAAGGCUGAGGACAAUUUUUUAAAGUAUACAAUGUCUUCUGAACAGGGUAUUUCAUUUACUGUUGAGUGCGGUUUAAUAUGCCACGUUGUUAAUCAAUUUUAAACUUGCACUAAAAUACCUUUCUUGACGCUAUGCGCACGAGUCGUGUGAAAUUGUAUCGAAAUGAAUUAUGUAUUGAACUUUUACAAGUAUUCUCACGAUCCCUUUUUAUUUUAGUUAUAUGAUUAAUAAAAUAAUAGAAAUGUUUACAUUGUAUAUAACUUCUAUAGUCAGUAAUAAUAACUAGUUAGAAACCUGUUAACAACGCCUCGAUUUGUACUAAAAAUGUACGUCGAGAUUUAGGUAUUAUUAAACGAUAUAUGAUACAUGACUCGUGUGCAAAAAGCCUUACUGUUUAGGAUCUUUUCUACGACAGCUCGAAUUCUUGAGUAUUUCUAUGUGAGUGUGUUUUGAUAGAAUUAUCUGUAGGCUAAGUUUCGUUGCUAUUCGCAAUUGUUAAGUAUACUUUAUAUUCACAUGAAAUUUAAUUUAUUAGUAGCGCUUUUCGUUGUUAGAUUUUUUAAAAUAUAUAUAUAAAUAUUUAAACAUGGAUCGUUGAAAAUGUUAACGGUUUUAUUCCUAAAGCUUUUAUUAAUUUAAUAUUUAUUUAACUAUCUAUCUCAUUUAUAUAAUUUUUUUUUAUUAAAUAAUUUCGUCAGCUUUUAGUGAAUAAUUUGAAAAUCUAACAGCGAUCAGCUAAUAGGCAAUAUAAACUAGAAAAAUAAAUGUUCUAUAGAAGUUCACUAUUUAUUUGUAAAUGUAUACAUGUUUAACACAUAUUGAUUAUAUUAUAGUGAAGAAAAUUAUGUAGACAAUGGAUCUGUUGCUAAUUGAAAUUGUAUUUAAUGUAAUUUUUAUAGUUUUAAGUGUUAUUUUCGUGAUCGUAAGAAAUGCGUAACAAAUCCUAGCUUUUAUAAAACAAGGGCUUUUUAAUAUAACAGCGAGAUUAUUUGCGAGUAGAUAACUUAUAUUCGAAUAUCGUUUCAUCUCCAUCUUUUUACAGUCGCAGUAAGUUACGCAUUUCUUUCGUAUUGAUAUCUGUAUGUUGAUCGGUUAUCUAUCAUAAUGACUAGAAGUAAAAGUGUAAUCUGGCUGGGAGAUGACAUUUUUGUUAAAAGGAAAUUAUAAAUGUUACUUGUAUUACCACUAAUAUUGGCCCGAAAUUCCCACCGAUUAAUUCAAUGGCACCAAUAUGUGGGUAUAAUUUUUCGCACAGAAAGUCGUUUCAGAGAUGUAUGCUGUCCUGCUCUUGCCUUUGUAUGCUGAGCGAAAGCAA